AACAACAUGAGCGUCCUAAUGCACCCACAAGUCAUGAACACUGCUGUGCUCUCAUUUUUCGCUGUGACCCUAAUAUCCGGUUGCCAUGGCAACCAGAAAGAUGAUGCCGACGCGUAUCUGAGCCGCUUCGUCGCCGAUCUAUGGUUGGAAGGUGCUGACAUAGUUAAAAUCAUAUGGAGGGACUGCUCAAAGAAAUUAGUGGACGUGAAGGACGUGAUCGACCACAAGGAGUACUUCCCGAAGUUCGUGCGGUGCAUGAAGCGCAAGACGCUGCGGGCGCUCGACCGGUCGCUGAGCCCCGACUUAGUGCCAAUCGCGGACGGUGUGAACUUGGUGCGCUUCGAGUUGGUCGACCGAUCUGGCAACAUUGUGCCGGAGAAUGAAACCAGCGCUUGGACGGAGAAGGAACUUGAAGAAGGAGAUUGGAGAUCUCUUGCCUUACAGCGGAUGGCGAAGGUACUCCGGACACAUGUUAUCAAAUUCGAUUUCGAAGAUGCAAAGAACAUGGAUAAAGUGGAGUACCGUGGCCGUCGUCGUCACCAGAUGAUGACUAUGAUGAUGUUUGGAAUAGUGUCCAUCGGUAUGGUGUUAGUACCCAUGGGUUUCCAGUUUCUCGCUGUAUUAGGUGGGAAAGCCCUCCUACUUGCGAAAAUGGCGUUAAUAUUGGCGUCUAUACAAGGCCUUAAGAAGAUUGCUUCAAGUCCGGUAAACUAUGGCUUUUACCAUUCCCCCCCUUACGAUUACUAUGAGAAGAGGAGUCGGGACGAUUGGCCACCACCAUCUGUGAUGCCGGCGACACCACCGCCAUCUUUGUCCGCGCAGACUUGGCCGAGCAACCAGGUAGUCAAGAUCGACAGGACAAUAGCGAAUGAGGGAGCGAGAGGGAAGAUCGAGGCGGUAACAUGGAGGCCGGAGUUGCCGAAAGCCAUACAGCAGGAGGCAGAAGCAAGAGUUUACCCAGUAUACGCUGGGCCAGAAGUCACACCUUUCACUUCCAUCGAUGCCCCAACACAACUCGCAGAUUUUACAACAAGACCUGGUGAAGUGCAGGCGGAAUAUGCCCUAGAGCUGCCCUACAAUGGGCUCCGUUUUCAAAGUCCCACUACUGUCGUUUCAGCUUGACAUUUUUGUUCAACUGUUCAGAUCACUGUUUAAUGUAAUCGCUGGCAUAUACUCUUACGUAUCCCAAGUGCUAUAUCCACA